AUGAGCCCUGCUGUGGAGACCAGUGCUGCUGUCGAAACAAUAAGCCCUAAGAUGAACCGUGCUGUGGAGACCAGUGCUGCUGUCGGAACAAGCCCUAAGAUGAGCCCUGCUGUGGAGACCAACAAUGCUGCUGUCGGAACAAGCCUUAAGAUGAGCCCUGCUGUGGAGACCAACAGUGCUGCUGAAGGGACAAGCCGUGAGAUGAGCUCUGCUGUGGAGCCGAGCCCUGCCGCAUCAAGCCCCACUUACGAGAUGAGCCCUGUCAGCAUGGUGACAUCUCCCGCAGGCAGCAAUCCGGUGGUGGUGACUCCCAACAAGACGGCGAUAUCUGCAGACCCGGUUGCUCAACAGCAACAACUCAUCGAUCAGCUGCAGAAGUUGACGGAGCUGCUCGAGUUGAAGAAACAGCUCAAAGAACUUCAAGCAGCUCAAAGUGCUAACCCUCCACCCGCUCAUCCUGGAUGCCUGGACAACGUCGAGACCCAGCCCAUGGAUCUCGCCUCCAUGGUGACUGUGCCACCCGAAGUUGAGGUGGUGCCGGAACCAACAGCGCCCGAAGUGACAGCUGCAAAGCCGGUGAGUGCAGCACUAGCAUUGAAGCGUCUGUUCGCAAAGAAUAUGGAAGAGAAGCGCGCAGCAAAGCGUGCAAAGGAUUCGAAUGAGGCCAAGGCCCCGGAUCAGGAGGAGCUGAAGGAGGAGCCGAUCAUGCAGCCUCCGGUCCCGACGCCAGUGCGCAGUCGGACUGCUACGGCACCAAGAGUGUUUGGCAGCGAUGAGGACAUUGCACGGGCUUUGGCCGAGUUCGAUGAUUCGGAGGAUGAGCGUGCAACGGAAAAUUAUUCGUUAGAGUUUGAGGAUGAUUAUGGGGCCACAAGUGAUGAGGAGGAGGCCCCACUGGUUGAGCAGGACCCAGAGCUUGCUUCAGUCUCGCUUUCCAUUCCGGGUACGAGUGCUGAUGAAGAUGAAGAGCGAGCUCCCGUCGGCGAUGCUGGUGAUGAAGAUGAAGAGGGAGCUCCCAUCGGUGAUGCUGGUGAUGAAGCUGAAAAGGCUGAGCCUGCCAGCACGUGGCAAGCCGAGGAGGAGCUUGCCAAAAGGAAGCCUGCUUCUGAUUCCGAUGCUGACUCAGCCAUUGAGUCAAUCUUGAAGAAGGCCGCCAAGGCUUCCAGCCCAUCGCCCGCCAAGAGUGGCGGCAAGUCUUCCAAGAAGUCUGUUGCCGCAGUCUGCCCAGCCAUCCCGAAAGCCAAGCCAGUCAAGAAAACAGCUCGUGCUGAAGGCAAAAGCGAGGCUGAGAUGAAGGAGAUCGCGCGCGUUUGUCCUUCUCCGUACAGUAGUGCACUGGCCUACAACAUGUUACAGAUGCUGUCGCAGGGCAACAAGUUCUGGGACAAGCUGCUGCUCGAAUCGGCGUACCCCGAGGGGUUCGCCAAGCACAUCUUCGAUGUGCACCAGCGCAUCGGGCCCGAGCCUGGGAGGACUUUGCGACAAAAGGUGCUCAUAAACACUAAACUCACCGACAGGGAGCUGUUCGAGAGGCUACCGCUGGGGGAUGUUUGGUCCGACGCAGGGCUAGCGGACGUUUUCAUGUAUAUGCUGCAAUCGCAUUCCCUGAACAUUCCGGAUUCAUGGCUCGACACGAUGAUGGAUUUCAAGUCGCAGCUUCAAGCUGCUCCUGCUGUGACUCGGGCGCAAAUUGGCCUAUAA